CCCCACCGCCAUUGGCUGCGGAGCCGCCGGGUUUCCCGCGCGCGGGAGGUGGCAUGGCGGGAGAGCGCGCGGUGGGGCUGGUGCGGGAACUGCACCGCGCGGCCGGCGGGCACCUCCCGCCCUUCCGUGCGGAGGAGCUGCGGCAGGCGCUGGAGGAGAUGCGGGAGCUGUACGAGCGGAAUCAGGCAGACGUGUCCGAAGCGAAGUCGGGGCGGACGAACCUGAUUUUCCUAAUCCGGUUUCGGCACUGCUGCCUGCUCCGAAACCAGCGCUGCCUCCUGGCCUACCUGUACGACCGGUUGCUGCGGAUCCGAGCACUAAGGUGGGAGUAUGGCAGCGUCCUACCAAACACCAUCCAGUUUCACAUGUCUGCUGAGGAAGUAGAGUGGUUCAGUCAGUACAAGAAGUCUUUGGCUACCUAUAUGCGGUCAGUAGGAGGAGAAGAGGGGCUGGACCUUACACAGGACAUAAAACCUCCUAAAAGCCUGUACAUUGAAGUGCGGUGUUUAAAAGACUAUGGAGAAUUCGAGAUUGAUGAUGGUACUACCAUCCUGUUGAAGAAGAACAGCCAGCACUUUUUACCCCGCUGGAAAUGUGAGCAAUUAAUCAGACAAGGAGUCCUGGAGCACAUCCUCUCCUAAGUGUGCAGGACAAGAGGGACAAGCCUUGCUUGGUGGCCUGCCCAAAACUGGGACUUGAACCUCUGGUGUGUGUGCACAACUUGGACACCUCAGCAAUUUCUGCAAUGGGUACCCUGCUACUCCUCUUAAUGACUUUUCAUACCUGACAUGAAGAUCAGCCCUGAUACAAAGUAUGCAAACCACACUGGCCAGCUCUUCAUGCCAAAAGGGUGCAUGCUGGUAAUGUAGAAAUCCUGGGAA